GAGGGGCGUGGUAGUCACUGUUAAGCAGUUUGGCAACGACCCGGACACAUUACGGCAAGCACGUGACCAGGCUACGAGAUUCGAGUUGGUAUGGAAGCAGCAAGGGAUGAAAAGACAUCCGCUAUGACUGUAGCCAGUACAAAUGGAACAGUAAAAAAGAUCUUCAGGGCAAGAAAAACAAUGACUGCCAGCUGUCGACAGCAAAUUGCCACUCUUAAAUUAAAUCCCUCAAAAAUUGAGACCUUUAAGGAAUCGCCUGUUCUAACAAAAGAAAAUGUCCUAACACAACAGACUAAAUUAGUUUCGCCAGAGAACUGUAUCACACAAAAUAACACCUCAUCUGAAAUGGAAAAACAUCAGUCCCAAAACCCUUCUCCUAAUGGGUUUAACCCUUCCACAGAAGUUUUACCUGAAGACUCUGGACUAAAAAUUGGACAUUCUUUAGAGGGGAAGUGGGAAGAAUGGCGUAAGCCUUGUGAGAGUUCGGCUUCUGUUGAAACGCUUGUUGGAAACCCUACUAACCUUUCGCAUAUAGUACAUAAUGUAAACGAUGCAACUAGCAAUACUAAAAUUGCUGAUUUUAAUGAUGCAAGACCAGUCUCUAAACCGUUGGAAGUUGUAGAAAAAGAGAAACCAAUUUCUGAUUGUGAUUUUUUGCAAGAUAGUGAAAAAGACACCCUGAACACAAGUAUGGAUAAUUGCUCCCCUGAUACUGAAAUGAGUGAAUCACUAUCCCUAAGACUUGUAAAUGAAGAUUGCGUAUUAAAGAUUAAUUCAGCAACUGGUCUUGUAACACAGAUGCAUAUUUUGGAUACAGACAGUACCAAUGCCGUUAUUCCUAGAAAUGAGUCUAAUGCCUCCUGUGGCACCACUGGCGCUAGCGAUGCAGUAAUGCCCAGCUUCACUAUGACCGUGCGUGUAGAUUCUGCUCAGAACAAUCUCUCCCAAGGCUGCAAUACAACUUCUGGUGACUGUCGAAAGAAAAGAUCUUUUUCUGAAGAUUCUGGUGUUUCUGAGGCAAAACGAGCUAAAACGUCAAACAAAAGCCUAUUCGAUGAGGUUGUUGGUUUAAUUCAAGGAAGAAUAGAAACUGUUUUUAAGGAAUCUUUUGACCAAAGAAUACAAGAAUUAUCACAACAAAUCAACCUAAUUCAGUGCAAAGAAGAUAAUACUGAAAUACUUACCCGACACCUUAGAAGCAUAAAGAGACUUGGAAGGCGUAUAAAAUCUGCACUGCAAGUUCAGAAUGAGGUGGUCAUACAAUCCAGCAAAUUGCCAUCUGUUGGUCCUAAUUGUAAAGAGCUUCCCAAAUCCAAAGAGGCUGAGGAGACUUCAACAUCACACACAGAAAAAGAUUUGCUGCAAAAACUGACUGCAAACAGCUUAAACCCUGUUUUAAGUGACCAUGAGACAGAGCAGCAGAGUGAUCAAGGACAAGUUGAACACCAAAGCAAAACUUCAAAAAAAGUGGAUCAUUCAGCCAUUCGUAAAAUAAUGGAAUCUAUCAAGGAGCACAGAAAUAAAACACUGGAUAAGCAACCCAUGGCUGUAAUUGACUUAACAGACGAUGAAGAACAAAAAGCUGAUGGAGAUGCAACCUAUCCAUCCUCCUCUCACGUUAUUUUGUCAUGUUCUGCACCAGUUCCAGAGGACGAAAAAAAUGAAAAUCUUCCCAGGAAUGUUCAGAAAAAAAAGAGCUACCAGAAAGAAAUAACAAUGAAUAUUCUUAUGAUGUGACUGAAAAAAACUCUUCAGGGCACAAAUCAGUGAAUAUUCAUGACUCUGUUGCCUGCUUGGAUAUAUCCCAAAAUCCAGAUACCCAGAUGCUGAAAACCACCACAAAAACCUGAACUCAGACUGGCUCAAGUCCAGAUCCCAAAGGCAUUGCCCUGUCAUUGGAACAUCACUCAUGCUGAUCCUAGCUGUGCACCUGCUCAAGUCUAUUGUCUCUAUGUUCACCAAGAAAAUACCAACAACUCCAAAAAGCUAUGGAAGAAGAUUGGCGAAAUUAAAGCAUUGCCAUUACCAAUGGCUUGUACGCUAACACAGUUUGUUGACGAUGCAACAUAUUCUUUGUCUUGCGGGCUAAAGAUGCCUGUGGACGUUUUGGACCACUUUGUGAUAUACAAUCAACUACUUUAAAGUCUCUAAACAGCACAAAAAAACAUAGCUUGCUAAAUUUUUCAUUUAUUGUCCAUUUAGGUUUUCACUCACAUUGAGUUCUACUGACUUUAUUUUAUUUUACAAUGAAAGUAUUUUAAUACUUAUUUUGUUUUUUCGUGCUGUCUUGUUUGUGUUGUCCUGUGUGGCAUUAUGCUGAUUUUUUUUCUUUUACUUUGUAUGAGAGAGUGACAUCAUAUUUAAUUUGGUCACCAGCAUAUUUUAAUACUGAGCUUAUGAUUUUUUUUUUAAGUGUGUUGAAUGGUUGCAAUAUUAUAUACAUUUUUUUUUUUUUUAUUACAGUAUAAUAUACAUACAGUAGUUCAAGGGGGUUUUAACGUACAGCGACAAUAAAUCAAAGAUCGAAGAUAUUGAACAACCGUAGUGUAUAUUGUCUUGCCAUUAUGGAAUUCUAGUCAGUUUGCAGUAUUUUUGAGCAAGCAAUAAAAUUAUUGCAUAAAAAAAAAAAAAGCUGCAAAAGAACAAGGCCAGUAA